CGCCGGCUCUCUUGUGCGCAGGCGCAGUUGCGCUGGCGGCCUGGCGGCGGCGGCGAAAAAUGUCCCUGGGCUAGGCGCUCGCUCGCUCGCCUGGAGUGCGGCCGCCGCGGGGCCCGGGGGCCGGCACCUUCUCCAAGAGGGGCAGCGGGGAAGGAGAGAUGGCCGCAAGGUGGUUGCCGGCCCAGGUUCAGGCGUCUGUGACAUUCAGGGAUGUGGCUGUGCUCUUCAGCCGGGACGAGUGGCUGCGCCUGGACUCUGCGCAGAGAACCUUGUACCGGGAGGUGAUGCUGGAGAACUACAGCACCCUGGUCUCGCUGGGGAUUCUGUUUUCCAAACCAAAGGUGAUCUUCCAGUUACAGCAAGGGGAGGACCCCUGGAUGAUGGAAAAUGGAGUUUCUCAAGGCACGUGUCUGGGUUGGGAGAGCUUGUUUGAAACCACAGUUUCCAAAGAAGAAAAUCAGGAAAUAAUGAAUAAACUUAUAGAUGAUGGUCCUUGUGACUUCAAGUUGGGAAAAACCUACAUAAAUGAGGACAAGCUAGAGAAGCAACAAGGUAAAAAGAACAAACCUUUCAGGAAAGUCUUAGUUACCAUCCAAAAACCCUACAUGAAAGAGAGGAGCUUUACAGGUAUUGAACUGGGGAAAAAUCUUGAACUAAAAGCAUCACUUACUAGAAGACCCAGAAUCCUUUCUAGAGGAAGGAAACCCCAUUCACAGCAGUAUACAAUUCUAUUUAAACAACUGGGCAUCAACACAGUGCGUAAAUGUUACAAAUGUAACAUCUGUGGGAAAAUCUUCCUCCACAGUUCUUCCCUGAGUAAACAUCAGAGAAUCCAUACUGGAGAGAAGCUCUAUAAAUGCAAGGAAUGUAGGAAAGCUUUCAGCCAAAGCUCAUCUCUAACUCAGCACCUGAGAGUUCAUACUGGAGAGAAACCUUAUAUAUGUAGUGAAUGUGGAAAAGCCUUCAGUUUCACUACAUCUCUCAUAGGACAUCAGAGAAUGCAUACUGGAGAGAGACCCUAUAAAUGUAAUGAAUGUGGAAAAACAUUUAAAGGUAGUUCAUCUCUUAAUAAUCACCAGCGAAUUCACACAGGAGAAAAGCCCUAUAAGUGUAAUGAAUGUGGGAGAGCUUUUAGCCAGUGUUCAUCUCUUAUUCAACAUCAUAGAAUUCAUACUGGAGAGAAACCAUAUGAAUGCAGUCAGUGUGGGAAAGCCUUUACUUCAAUAUCACGGCUAAGUAGACACCAUAGAAUUCAUACUGGAGAGAAACCCUUUCAUUGUAAUGAGUGUGGAAAAGUGUUCAGUUACCACUCAGCCCUUAUUAUACAUCAGAGAAUUCACACUGGCGAGAAACCUUAUGCAUGUAAAGAAUGUGGGAAAGCCUUCAGCCAAAGCUCUGCUCUUAUACAACAUCAAAGAAUUCAUACUGGAGAAAAACCCUACAAAUGUAAUGAGUGUGGGAAAGCUUUCUCUUGGAUUUCACGGCUUAAUAUACACAACAGAAUUCAUACUGGGGAGAAACCAUAUAAUUGUAAAGAAUGUGGAAAAGCCUUCAGUUCCCACUCAGCAGUUAAUACUCAUCGAAAAAUUCAUACUGGAGAAAAACCUUAUAAAUGUAAUGACUGUGAAAAAGCCUUCAACCAAAGCUCAGCUCUGAUUCAGCACCAGAGAAUUCACACUGGGGAAAAACCAUUUAAUUGUAAAGUAUGUGGGAAAGCCUUCAGACAAAGUUCAUCCCUAAUGACACACAUGAGAAUUCAUACAGGAGAAAAGCCUUAUAAAUGUAAAGAAUGUGGGAAAGCUUUUAGCCAGAGCUCAUCCCUAACUAAUCACCAGAGAAUUCAUACGGGCGAGAAACCCUACAAAUGUAAUGAGUGUGGGAAAAGCUUUAGCCACCGAUCAUCCCUUCUUGCCCACCAGAGAAUUCAUACUGGAGAGAAACCUUACAAAUGUAAUGAGUGUGAGAAAGCAUUUAGCAGCAGUUCAACCCUUAUCAAACAUCUGAGAGUGCAUACUGGAGAGAAACCCUAUCGGUGUAAGGAAUGUGGGAAAGCCUUUAGCCAGUGCUCAACCCUCACUGUCCAUCAGAGGAUUCAUACUGGAGAGAAGCUCUAUAAAUGUGGUGAGUGUGAGAAGGCCUUCAGUUGUAGAGCAAAACUUCACAGACACCAAAGAACCCAUACUGGUGAGAAACCCUAUAAAUGUGUUGACUGUGGGAAAGGCUACAGCCAGUGUACAUCCCUGGCUGAGCACCAGAGGCUUCACACUGGAGAACAAGUGUGUAAAUGCUUGGAAUGUGGGAGAACUUUCACACGCAUCUCAACCCUUUUUGAACAUCAGCGAAUUCAUACUGGACAGAAACCCUAUCAAUGUAAUGAGUGUGGGAAAACCUUCAACCAGUAUUCGUCUUUUAAUGAACAUCGGAAAAUGCAUACUGGGGAGAAACUUUAUACAUGUGGACAGUGUGGGAAAGCCUUUGGUUGCAAAUCCAACCUUUAUAGGCAUCAGAGGAUUCACACUGGAGAGAAACCCUAUCAGUGUAAUCAGUGUGGAAAAGCUUUCAGUCAGUAUUCAUUUCUGACGGAACAUGAGAGAAUCCAUACUGGAGAGAAACUCUAUAAAUGUAUGGAAUGUGGGAAAGCCUACAGUUACAGAUCAAACCUUUGUAGACACAAAAAAGUUCACAAUAAAGAAAAACUCUAUAAAUGGAAGGAAUAUGGGAUCAGAGAUUUCUUAGAGGAGAUAAGCCAUGUGAGGUUUAAUUCGUCUCUCAAAUAAUUCAAGACUUCUCAUUGGAGAAUAAUCAGGAGAAUAGUAAAUAGGGCACAGACUCCUGAUAGAUUGUCUUUUUUUAUUUCUCCUGGAGAAAAUAUGCUAGUUACCACUAAGUAGUGGUGAAAUUGAUCAGUGAAAAUAUGAAGAGCACUGAUCCCAAAUUUUAUAAGAACUAUUAAAUUCUAAGGUUUCUAAAAACAAAGAUUUCUAAAUUCAUAGAAAAAAUGUAACAGGCCUAACUUUUAAAAAAAACGUGAAAGUAAUGGAAUAUGUUUUGUUUCUUUCAUUAGACUUUAUUCCCUAAGAGUAAGCUUCAAUAUGAAUUUUCUUUUAAAAACAGUCAUUGAGUUAUUAAUAAGGUGAAUAAGUGUGGGGCCUUAUUUUCUAAAGUGGCAGGCAGACAUGACAUACUUUUUUGUAAAGAGAAGUUAAAGAUAAAAGGCAUUUUUUAAAUGCAGAUUUUCACAUGGAAAUUAUUAAGCUCAGUUUUUGUGAACUGCCUCACCAGCAAGUUAUAUAUAAAUAUACAUAUGUACACAUGUAUGUGUGUAUACAUAUAUACAUGCAGUUUUGGAAUAUAUGUAUGUUUUUUCCAAAAGUCUUUGAUGAUUAAAAAAUGUGGUUCUAUGAUUUAGAAUUUAGUUUUGAAAGUUAAAAUUUGCCCAAAUGGAGUCUCUCUUCCUUUUCCUUUCCUACAUUAUUUUUUAAUUUGAUGGGAUUCUACAUACUGAACAGAGUCUUGUUAUGGUGUUCUGGAAGGUGCGGUAAACUGAAGCACUCACUGCAAGUGCUCUGUUCUCUGCUGCAGGAGGCCCAUCUGCAGAAGCUGACUGUGCGCCUGGUGGCUCAGAGCCAGGAGAGAUUUUAGUAGCCUUUCAUUUUACUACUGGGGAAUUUGAGCUUCUUGGGCAGAGUCAAGACUGGAAUCUAGGUCUUCACCUUUGGUUUUCUGUGAUAAUUAUAGGUUCAUUUCCAACCUCGGGUCCUAAGAGUACUAUUGUUUUGUAAACUGGUUAGGCACAAUUGCAGUAAUUUAAUCAGUUUAUUUUUAUGUGUGACAUGUUCCCCCCUCACUUUAAUCUUAAUCAUUGACUUAUAAUCACGUUCUUCCUUUUUCUGAUGUGUCCCUAAUUAUACCUACUUUUGUAAUAACUGUACAUAAAUCCUCCAACCCAGCCGAAGUCCAGAUGCUGAAAUUGCUUUAGGGGGUUUCACAUACAGCAUUACCUUUUUAUUUGUUUUCAUUACACAUCUUUUAGGAAUUCUUUUGUGUAAAGUAUAUAUAAAUAUUAUUAUUAAACAUUCUAGCCAUCAGUUUAAAUUGGUUAUCCAAACAUUUUCCAUGUUUUCAUGAAAGAUUUCAUUUUCCCCCUGGGCCUACUUCCUCCAGUUUUAUAUUUCAUUUUCAUGAUUGGUAUCCUUUAGAAAAUUGUCCUAAUAAGCUUGAACCUUCUACCAGAGAAAGGUUUUAGAAUUAAGUAUUCAGCAUGGUAUAUCUCUUGCCUUGUCUUAGCUCAUUAGCAAGUAUCUUUUAAAUAUAUUUAAGUAUAUUUACAAGGACAAUGAAGCUUUGAAACAUCUCAAUAUUUAACAUUGUCCAGAGCCAUUUGCAAGAUAUUCUGGAUAAAAACAUGUUUGGUUACCCAACAGCAGUGACCACGCUUAGACCCAGAUUUUGGUUUCUAAAUGCCAUUCCCCACUAAAGGGAACAAGGACUCCUGGGAGAAGUGGCUGAUUCCAUAUUUGAAGCAGGGAAUGUGUGAGGUGUGCCUGGAAUACCUUUUUAUGAAACAAAACAAAAAAAGAUAGCACUUGAAGACUAAAAGGAAAACGUCAGAAGGACAUGAGAGCCAACUUGAAGGUGCUCCGACUGGUCAAAUUUAGGACAAUUAAACAUCAAAAAGAAUAAUUAGUAAUUGCUUAUAACAUGGUAAGUAAAAAUAAAAUAAACAAACCCAUAAUGAAAAAAUAGAGAAAAAAGGAAAGCUCUUUAUAAACUUCUUUGAAGACUGCCAUCUUUUAACUGUACAUGGAAUGGUAGAUUUAGAAAAAUCACCAUUUUACAACCCUUAAUGUAAUUAAAUCAGGCACAUUCAAUGGAUGGUAAAACCCAUUAGGUGAAAAAAAAUUAAGGAUCAUCAUUUACAUGGUGUCAAAACAUCAGAGAUACUGACUGCAAAGGAGAGAUGUGCCUUUGUGGUGGGGCAACCCUGACAUGUGAUUCCUGAUGAGAUGCAAUAUGAAGUGCACGAUCGCCUGGGAUGUAUUCUUGCCAAAAAUGUUCAACGAAAAUCUAAUGAAAUCUCUUAUCUGGACUUAUCUUCCUGUUACAAAAAACACAUGGAAUAGAGGAACAAGUUGAAUUAUACGGUGAGGAAAUAGACAAACACAGAGUUUGAAACAUUGGACAUGACAACUGUUCUGGACUUUUCAAAAAGCCAGUUGUAAUAAAACAAGUGGAGUCUUGUAGAUUGAGACACUCGAGAGACAUUACCAAAUCCAAGGGGUGAUCCUUAAUUGGCUUCUGAUUGAGAAAAGUUAAAACAACUAUAAAAUACAUUUUGGGGGACACUUGGGGGAAUAUGAGGAUGGAAGGGGUAUUAGAUAAUGUGGUAUGUUUAAUUUUCUUAGCAGUGAUAAUGGUAUGGAGCUAUAUAGGGCAAUGCCUUUAUUCUUAGGAGGUGCAUGCAAAAGUUUUCAAGUUUGAAAAGUGAUGAUAUUUGCAGCAUAUUUUCAAAUAAAAAUGUCAAAACUUA